AUGGCCACAUAGUUUCAGCAGAAGAGAUUAUAGUUUGAAGAAGAAAACUUAUAAGAGAAUGCCGAUCAACUUCCUCCAAACUGCUCUUAUAAAAAGACAGGUCCCUUAACCUACAUUGUUUAAUAUUAAGGUGAGAAAGGCACUCCGCAUGAGGGGGCGUACAUAGUAGUUGAUGUUGAUUUGAAUGGCACUAAUGGAUCUCCUGGAUUCCCUGCUGAGGCUCCAAACAUCACAUUCCGAAAUGGGUUCUAGCAUGUUAAUGUUUAUCCGAUGGGCAGAUUAUGCAUGUAUCUUUCAAACAAGGAAACAUUUACUUCAGGCACAACUCUCUUAGAAAUCUUUUCAGGCAUUAAUCAAGUCAUCCAUCAUCCCACAUUCCAUGAUCCAGCCAAUGCAUCUAUAUUGAUUUAAGAGGGAGGAAAGGGCUACGAUGAGAAGAUGAGAGACUAGGCUAAGAAAUUGAGUUAACCAUAAUAUAAAGUGUUGUGAAAGAAAACAAUAAUAAAUUAUAUAUGAUAUUUCAUAAUCAUUUAUAA